UGCAUCAGCUACAGUGCAACGGCCCUCACAGUUUUAACCUUUAUGUCAGUUUCUGGUUGUUGACGGUAAUACGUUUGAUCCAUGAACCCCAAGAACUGUUCCUCGGGAUAAGGGUUAGACUGGGACUAGAAGACGCAGUGUCUUGUUACACCUGCUCAUAUCAUACAACCCUGAGCCUGCGAUCCUUGACUUCGCUGUCAAUAUUUAAUGAAUUCUGCUAGUCACUCUCUUUGCCCUGCUUUCGUAUGGGUAAGACCAAGAAGGGAGGGGUUGGAGAAGAGGCAGGUGUUUGGCAUCUUCUGUCACUGUCUGUGAGGGAGCAGAGGAGAACGCCGGAGUUUCCAUUAUUGAUGUAUGCCAGCAUAACUUUCCCAAUGCCGAUACACUGAACCAAAGACCGGAUUCACCCCAUUUUCAACUAGUGCCUUGUUUCUGGAUGUUCUCAGCCCAAACCGCAUGAAGUAUUGUACCCAGACCGUCCAAACUAAAGUCCCUCCUCUUCAUUCUCUCUGUUCCGUCUCUGGCUCAGCAUCUCUCCUCCUCCCCUCCAGCACACCUAGACCAUCUCAGUCCAGCACAGGAGAGGAUGCACACCAGCGCCUAGUGGAUAUCCUGCUCCUUUUUUUCUGCAAAAGCAGAAGAGUGAGAAGACAAGUGUUUGAGGGACAGAAGAGCAAGGGAAGGAGAAAUGCCACUGGGGGGGUUUGCGGGUCUAAAGGAGAGGUUUAAACCAGGGAAGGAGGAGUUGAAGAACAAUGUUGGCGACUCUCUGGGGAACCUGCAGAAGAAAAUCGAUGGCUCUAAUGUGGCUGAAGAGGACAACAUUGAGCUGACAGAAGAUGGUCAACCAGUGGCGGCCCCUAAUCGCAGCCCACCUAUUUUCGAUUGUGGCUGCUUUGGCCUCCCCAAACGUUACAUCAUCGCCAUCCUCAGCGGCCUUGGCUUUUGCAUCUCGUUUGGCAUCCGCUGCAACCUCGGUGUAGCCAUUGUAGAAAUGGUUAACAACAACACUGUCUACAUCAAUGGGACUGCCGUCAUGCAGCCAGCGGAGUUUAAUUGGGAUCCAGAGACAGUGGGAUUGAUACAUGGCUCUUUUUUCUGGGGCUACAUUGUUACUCAAAUCCCUGGAGGUUUCAUCUCUAACAAACUAGCAGCUAACAGGGUGUUCGGAGCAGCUAUUUUCUUGACGUCACUCCUAAACAUGUUUAUUCCAUCAGCUGCCAGGGUUCACUAUGGCUGUGUCCUGUUUGUGCGAAUCUUACAGGGACUGGUGGAGGGUGUCACAUAUCCAGCCUGCCAUGGAAUGUGGAGUAAAUGGGCUCCUCCUUUGGAAAGAAGCCGUCUGGCUACUACCUCAUUCUGUGGGUCUUAUGCAGGAGCUGUGAUAGCCAUGCCACUGGCUGGAAUAUUAGUGCAGUAUGUAGGCUGGCCCUCUGUCUUCUAUAUAUAUGGUGUGUUUGGCAUAAUAUGGUAUAUUUUCUGGCUUCUGCUGGCUUAUAACAGUCCAGCGAUCCAUCCCACCAUCAGUGAGGAAGAAAGGACAUACAUUGAGACCUCUAUUGGGGAAGGAGCCAGUUUAAUGAGCACUACUGAGAAAUUUAAAACUCCAUGGCGUGAAUUCUUUACAUCUAUGCCUGUCUAUGCCAUUAUUGUGGCAAACUUCUGCCGUAGUUGGACCUUUUACCUCCUGCUCAUUAGUCAGCCAGCUUACUUUGAAGAGGUCUUUGGCUUCCCCAUCAGCAAGGUGGGCAUUUUGUCAGCGGUGCCUCACAUGGUGAUGACGAUCAUUGUGCCAAUAGGAGGCCAACUGGCCGACUAUCUGAGGAGUAGGAAAAUCCUCUCUACUACAACAGUGCGCAAAAUCAUGAACUGUGGAGGUUUUGGCAUGGAGGCCACGUUGCUGCUGGUGGUCGGGUACUCACACACACGUGCAGUAGCCAUCUCAUUCCUCAUCCUGGCAGUGGGCUUCAGUGGAUUUGCGAUAUCAGGAUUCAACGUAAACCAUUUGGACAUAGCUCCUCGCUAUGCCAGUAUACUUAUGGGCAUCUCUAAUGGAGUAGGUACCCUGUCUGGCAUGGUUUGCCCCCUCAUUGUUGGAGCACUUACCAAACACAAGACUCGACUAGAGUGGCAGCAUGUCUUUGUGAUUGCUUCCAUGGUGCAUUACACUGGCGUGAUCUUCUAUGCCAUCUUUGCCUCUGGUGAGAAGCAGGACUGGGCUGAUCCUGAGAACACCAGCGAUGAGAAAUGUGGCAUCAUCGGGGAAGAUGAGCUGGCUGAUGAGACCGAGCCCCAAUGUGACAGUGCCCUGGCCACCAAGCAGAAGACCUAUGGAACCACAGAAAGCUCCGCAAGCCGCAAGCAAGGCUGGAAGAAGAAGAGAGGGGUGACCAUGCAAGCAGAUGAAGAUCACGGAUCAAAUCAUUACGAAAAUGGGGAAUAUCAGAAUGAGUAUCAAUGACAUUUUGGUGAUCAAACACUCAAGACUGAGCGCUGAGGUGUAGCAGUAUUUAUUUAAGUAAGCCAUCCUGGGACUACGACAUUCCACCUGACAUUUGACACAACAGUAUAUCUGAGUUGUGAAGACAUCUUUUGGAUGGUUUGCUUUAUGAUUUCAUCCUGCUGUAGAAGCUGGAACAGUCACACCAGAAUGAUCUGUGAGUAGUUAAUUUGACAGCUGUAGGCAGACAUAAUGAAGGAAGUUUCGACUGCAGUCUACACUGCCUGUUUAAAAGUUCAGAGUCAGUACAUUAUUUUUAAAGAAGUUCAUGUUUUUAUUCAGCAAGGAUGCAUUAAAUAGGUCAAAAGU